GCAGUGUGUGACCUAAUCCCAAACAGCUGAGAUCACGCCUGCAGACGCUGUCCACUCAUCGGAUAAGUCGGCACUUACUGUGAGUAGCACAAAAGGAAAAGCAUUUGCAAUGUGAUAACCGAGCCACGUUGAGUGAGAACACAUCGUUUUGGACGUCAAGGAGAAAUUCAUUCACUACAAGAGUGAAAAUAAAGACAUUGUGGCGGCAGCGAUGUCGCGGAACCUGCCCAGCGACCUGGAGGGGCUGAUGGUGAGCGGGGAGGGCGCCGACGUGACGCUGGUGGCCGGCGCCUCGCAGCUGCCCGCGCACCGCACCGUGCUGGCGGCUCGCAGCCCCGUCUUCGCCGCCAUGUUGCGUCACCCCACGCAAGAGGCGAGCAGCGGCCACGUCCACAUCCCUGACGUAUCCGAGCCUGUGCUGGGCCAGCUGCUCGCCUUCGUCUACACGGACGAGGCGCCCGCGAUGGCGACCAUGGCGCACGACCUUCUCGCGGCGGCUGACAAGUACGACGUGGCGCUGCUCAAGAAGAGGUGCGAGCUGCAGCUGGCGAGUGACUUGUGCGUAGAGAAUGCGGCAAGAACCGCCGUGCUCGCAGUGCUGCAUUCGUGUCCUCUGCUACGCGAGACGGCCGCCGCCUUCAUUAGGAGCCACCCCGUGCAGGUCAUGGGCACCCGCGGCUGGGAGGAGGCGCUGCGGAACCACCCGCAAAUACUCAUCGAAGUCUGUCGACACGUCGCAUCGACGACGUCACCCAACAGGUCGGCGCAGGAGUCGUCGGACAGGAUGCCGCAGCUGCACGAGGCGGCGAUCCGAGGCAGCGCGGAGGACGUGCGGAGGCUGCUGGCCGCGGGCGCGCCGGUGGACGAGCGGAACGCGGCUGGCUGGACGGCGCUGCACUGCGCUGCGGCGCUGGGCCACGAGCUGGUCGUGGCGAGUCUGCUGCGCGCCGGGGCCGACGUGGACGCGCGGGACCGCUGCGGCGACACGCCGCUGCACAAGGCGGCCUGGAUGCGGCGCGUCUCGCCCGCCUGCUUACUGGCGGCCGCACACGCGCACCUCGACGCACCGGGGGCGUCGGGCAGCACACCGCUGCACUGCGCCGCGCAGCUGGGCCACGCGGAAGUGGUGCGCGCACUGCUGCAGCUCGGUGCCGACCCCACCGCCACCGACCACUCCGGCAAGACGCCGUUCGACCUGGCCGCGCGCUACGGCAGAAGCGAAGUCGUCAACAUCCUCACAUAGUCACCAUGUGUCGCGUAUUAUACUGUGUUGAGUGGAGCUUUACACUGAGGCGACGAAACUUACCGGACACCUCUCUUUUUCUUUUUUUUUAUGGUCAGUAGUGGACCACAAGGCUGGAGUUUAUUCUCGGUGUGUGAUAGGUACCCACAUGUUUAUAUCUAUCUAACAAUUUACUAUACACUUUGUGAGGUAGCUGGACGCUCAUUGGAUCCUUUGGUCCUCUAAUUAGGGACGUUUUUUUCAUUACAAUAUGAGUAUUUGGUAUUGUAGAGACCUUUUCUUAAUUCGUUCCACGAGCUGUGGUACUCGCAACUUUUUAAUGAUUGGUGCACAAAUUUAUGGCGGGUGCCAGUGGACCAAGGUGUCGUGUACAUAGUUCCGCGUAGCCAGUGCGUACACAACUUCCCCACUAGAGCGCGCCCUGCUAACCACAACAACGCAGCCGUAGCGCUCGUCCGUCUCCGCACUACGAGAUGGCGCUGCCUUAGAGAUGGACCAAAUUCUGCUCCGUCGAUCCGCGUAUUAAUAUGUAACGCAGCCAAUGAGAUUGCUGCUAACGUAGGACCUUUUCUGCUCGCGGAUCACACUCGUGCAGUGAUAUCUGAAUGCGCGAGGUAUUAAACGAUUGUACAGACCUCCGAUCAGUCAAUCUACACCAGUCUGUACCAGUCUGCAUUAGUCUGUACCAGUCUAUAGUCAAGUUUCAGUCUGUGCCUAAUAAGAUUACCAUAUUCCUGUACAAAGCCAUGAAGAUAAAUGAUUAGACACUUUGUCAAGUAUCAGAGAUAUGUGAGAAUAAGAUUAACGUAUCAAGACCAAAGGAACUUCAGAUUGUCAAUUGUAAACAGCAUCCAGAAUCAAGUUACGUAAUGUCUAUGCUUUUUAUUAUUUUAAUAAAUGUGUAUGAAAAUUAAUCAAGUUCUGUUUAAAGUUGGUCACCGUCAAUCUGCUACUCUAAGCGUGCAAGUGGCAUUUCUAUCGUCUGACCUAACAGCAGAAGAUAAGCACGCCACGAUAAGACCACGAGACAUAUUGCUGACACUCGUCUACUUCGCUAGAGCGACAAGUCAAAUAAUCUGCUGGUGUGUGUACGGGAAGGUCUUACAGUACACACACCACACAUAGUCACCACGUGUCGCGUAUUAUAGUGUGUUAACGACUGU